AUGACGGAACUCGGAGUGAAGGCGAACCUGGACCCCACUACGUGGGCGGGCGCGUUCGACUGUUCGGCGUGCGGCCGUAAGCGCCUUCCCGCGGUCGAAUUCUCCAAGAACAUGGUGCUCAAAAGGCGGAAGGAUGAGUCGGCGGCGAUCAAGUGCCUGAGAUGUACGCAGGCUGAUGAGGUCAAGGAGAGGGAGGCCGCCGCCGAGAAGGCGAAGGCUAGGGCGGCGGAAGGGGAAGGAGGCGAGGUUAUGCUUCACGAGUGCGCGAAGUGCAAGGAAUCCAAGCCCGCGAGCGAGUUCUCGCGCAAGCAACUCAUGCAGAAGGGCCCCGGGAAGCAGAGGUGCUCGCCGUGCCUGGCUGCCGAGCAGGAUGAGGCGCCACAGGGGGCAGCCGCGAGGGCGGACGCCCUGCUCAAGGCGCGAGAGGCGACCGCAAAGGCGGAGAAAUCGGGCGUGGCGGCGUCGUUCGUGGCUUCCGUGAAGGAGACGAACCUGGAGGCUGAGAUGGUCACCGGGCUCUCGGCCGUGAGGAUCGGCCCGGGCAGGGGCCGAGGCCGAGGUAGGGGAUCGAAUCCGAACAGCAUGCUCGGUCGCGGCGGACGCGGAGGAAGGGGAAAGCGAUGA